AGAGUAAAAAUAAUUAGCGAAUACAUUAUUGAAUAAAUUAAAACUUAAAAUAUGUAUCACUGACAAAAGAUAUUGUUUCCGCAUAUUAUCUAUCGUUAUUUAGUUCCAUAAUUUAAGAAAAAUUAGACCUUAUGACAAAAUAACAGCGUGUUUACCAAAUACAUCCAUAUGAGCCUCUGCUUUAAAUUUUGACCAAUCAGGAUGCAAUAUUGUUAGCUCGAUAUAAUAUAUAUUGCAGUGUCAGGCAAUCAUAGCAUUAGGAGCGCUGCGCUUUACUGUAUGCGUUGCGGUUGUGGCCUUGUGAUUGGCUGGUUUGCCCGUAUGACCUUGAGCAGCUGGCGAUGACAAUUAUUGUUUUUCUGCUUGACAACAGCGCAUCAAUGAACCAGCGCACUUUUCAAGGCACUACGCUACUAGACGUAGCAAAAUCUGCUAUAGAGAUUUUCUUCAAAAUAAGGAUGAGCAAAUCAAGAGUAGAUCGUUAUUUUGUGCUUACUUUGAAUUCUGACAUAAGUUAUGUCAAACUUACCGGUUGGAAACAGAAUGUUGAUCUUCAGUUACUUCAUUCUGCCUUAAAUAAUAUAAAACCAGACGGUUUAGUUGAUUUGUCAACUGGUAUUCAAAGAACAUUCCGAAUGUUAAACAUAAAUAGAUUGCAACUCGGACUGGAAAAUUAUGGGAUGGGGAUUUAUCCAUCAUGUAUUGAACCCUCUGUAAUAAUAUGUAUUACUACUAGCAUAGGCUCAUACAGUUUUGAUGGCCAAAUUUUCAAUGAUGCAUCUAUAACUUCCAUAGAAUCUGCCGUUCUUGGAAAUGUUUUGACAAAAGAGACUUUCCGUUGGGAUUAUCGCAUGUAUUCUCUGGUACUUCGUUUUCCCGCAUUUGUCAGUAAUAAUCAUGGUGGUAGCUCCAUAAAAUCAGAAAAAAUCUCACCGCUUAAAAGACUUGCGGAAGAAACUGGCGGCGAAAGUUUUGAUGUUUACGACGGCCGGGAACUCCACCAAUGUCUCGACUCUCUUGUCACAAAAUGCCAACCUGGAGUGGUUUUAAAAUUACGAAGGUCUACUGACUGCGUUGAUGCGGCUCCUCAAGAGAAAUUCGUAAAGCAGUUGAUGUCAGUUAAGCUAAUGGGAAGGUCAUCAUCUUGGCCUAUCCCAGAACAAUUUUGGCCUGAUGAUGAGAUGCUAGCAUUACAGUUGCCACCUAGAAGUGCACAUCCUGAAGUUCUUGUAUCUAAAGUUCCUGUGGUGGAACCUGAGUUGCCCGAGUAUUUCCCCGUCGACCGUUAUGAGUUGACUCCAUCACAUUUUACGAAAGAGUUUCUAAAUUCGUCGGAGCAAAAUAUGGUUUGGCGGUGUUUCAGCUAUGGUAUCAAAAAGAGUCAGAAUGCACCGUUUGGUUAUUUAAAAGUAUCACAUGAUCUCCAGUCAGUACAUCUGCAUAUACUUCCUUACAAUUAUCCUGUAUUUCUUCAGUUACUUGGUGAUAUAUGUGAUCAUAAGCGUAUGACGGAAGCCUGGGGUCAUCAGUUUGUGAACUAUCUAGGAACCAUACCGAAAUAUUACUUUAUGCCCCUAGCGAAGGCGUUUGAACGAAUAGGGUUUGCCGGGAUGAUUAAGCCUGAAGCUAUUGAUCGUGCACUUCCUUAUCAAUUGAAACAUUCUUUGCAAAAGCUUCGGCAUUCAGCUAAAAUUGAAUACGAUAACUUCGUGCGUAUGACACAAACUGACAGCCCCACAAACACAACUGUUACUUUACCAUCAGCUUUAUUGCCUUUACCUUUGUGGCCGCUACGUGAAUUUAAAUCGAUGUAUAUCAAACCUAAGCGUCUUCAUUCAAAUUCUCUCCGACCUUGUAAUAUAUCUCGAACCAAGUUGCGCGUAGUUUUGGGAAAAAUGAGGCAUGAACUUGAUAACCUCCUAAAUGGUUCAUCUAACAUCCGAGCAGUUGACUUGAUUCAUCAACAACCAGUCGCCCUAAUGGGUGAUUAUGUUAACUACAGAAAUUCCCGGCACGUCGAAACACCUUUGAGGGAGAUAAAUCCAACUCCUGAACGGUCGGAUACAUUCGGAAACCCUUUCCGACGGAAGUCUACAUCCUUCGUCGCGGAUGAAGGUUUCGUUGAUGAAAUGGAUUCAUUGCAAGUUAAUUCUUGUAAUCCGAAUACAGUUUUGCUCAAUUUUGGGCGAAAAAAGUCUGCACAAACCACCAAAAAUUCUCAAGCAAGAGUCAAAGGUCCUUUACCUCCGUACAUUAAUCACUUAAAUUGGCGUGUUUUCUCACCGAAAUCUUCACCGCUGUCAUCGCCCAGAUCUUUGGAUAAUACUUCCAGUGAGGAAAUAUCAAACGCGAUUUCAUCUCCCACAUAUGCCGACAAUUCCCCUUCUUUAAUAAACCACUCAAGACUUACCAACCAAGCAAUUAUUGAAAAAACAAAUACUUUUGAUACUAGAAGUGCAUCGUCAUUGGAAAGUUUUAAAUUAAACAAGAAAAUUAUGUUCGAAUUAAUUCAUUUGGUUCGACAACCUUAUACAGGUAAGUUUGUAUGUACAAGAACUUUUAGUUCUUUCGUUUACAUUAUCUAACUGUUAAUUUUUUCCACUUAGUAGAUGCAGUACUGUUAUUUGACCGCAUGAAUGAACUCGCUGGUUCAAUUGGACAAAGAGAAGCUGUGGUUUCGAUGCUGAUGUCAGAAGCUUUGAGAUUCAGAAGAUCAUGUUUAUAUUUUUUACUAAGUGAUUGGCGAACAUGGUUGCUGCAAAGUGAGGAUUCGAAAGGUCGUGUUGUUUUGCAAAAAUCGAAUCAGGUGGUUGCAAAAACAAACCAUAUUCAGUUAAAUGGGUGGUCUUGAUCAAAUCGAUCUGUAUAUUAUGAUCUACUUAAUUUAUUUUGUAUAAAACUUUUACAUACUUAACACUUUCAGAUGUAAAUAACUGAGGGUUUAUCAUUAAUCUUGUACAUGGUGUAUAAAUUCCCCAAAUGUUCUCUUAGAAAAGGCCUUAUUUUCAUAAUAACCUUUUGCUCGCUAGUUUGUACACUGUUGAAAUACAAAAAAAUUGCUAACAAUUCAUAAUUCUAUGGUUUUAUCGCUUUAGAUUAUUACUGAUGUUUUAUUCAACAUUAGUUUUAGGUUGCUUGAAGAGUGAA